AUGGCGUACAGCAGGCACAUCGCCGAGUAUUCUCUCAAACCGUGUCUCCUCACUGGUGGCAUUGCACCAAGCGGUCAAAGCCUCCGCAACGGCGAUUGCACGGCAACAAUUGUAGGUGGCGUCAGCCUCUUGCUCGACCCUGAGACCUACAUCAGGAUGCUGACGGGUACGCCCGAGGCAGAAGGGGUGCAUCAUUCGGCAGACCGCGGUCAGCCUCUGACGGCCGAUCCAGGAAUUACCUUGGGUAUUCGGAGGCCCAAGGCGACGUUAAUCCGCCAACCUAUGAACGCUGUGGGCUGGGAUCCGGUUCGGGACCGAUGCCAAUAUUUCGAAUGCCAUGGGACUGGAACACAGGCUGGAGAUCCCGUAGAGGCACAGGCAAUCCAGCAGACAUUCUACCCAAAGAGCGUCGUGUUUAGCCCAGAGGACAAACUUGUUCCAACAAGCACUAUGCCGUUAGCCAUCCGUUGCCCCUGGCUGUCCGUUGAGGGCGAGCGUGAAUUCCUUCGGUCGAUGCAUAAGAAGACGUCAUGCCGGGCCAUUCGUAUUCUCAGCACACACUCAGGAUUCCCUAUGCUCCAUCGAGCAAAUGGCCCAUUAUGUCCAGAAAACAACGAAGCAUUGGACCUGGGUGAUUGGGCCUGGACCCUCGCCCAAAGAACCGCCUUGCCUUCCAGGGUCUCCCAUCCUGCAUUAAGCAGAGAGGAGCUUGUCGGGGAUUUAGACAAGGUUGUUGGGAAUGCAAAGGCCCCAACAGGGAGCGAACAUAUCCCUUUUUCCGGAGUGGCCGCCUAUGCGCUUGAUAUCAUUUCGGCAGAGGAUGCCAUGAAGAUAGCCUAUUACCGUGGGUUGCACACUAAGCCGGUUCAAUCAGGUGGCAUGCCCCAGCCCGUUGGUCUUGCAUUCCCCGACGCUUAG